AUGCUUUCUUCCACCAUUCUUUUCGGUCUUUUUGCGUCUCUCGCAUCUACCGUACAUGGACACGGAACUAUUACUGCCGUUACCGGAGCGAACGGUAUUACGGCUGCGGGUAUGGGUAUUGACCCCUCGACACCCCGUGAUGGAAGUCGUGCAAGGCCAUUCCAGCAAGAUACUAGUGUGAUCAGGGAUCGCGAGAUUGCUAGCGGUCGUACUGGCCCAUGUGGAAGGACGGCUAUCGGAGGCAACAAUGAUGUCGCUGCUGAAGUCGCUUCUGCCGCCAGCGAUGGCUUACCUUCUUUGUCUGAAGAUGGUACCUUGACCAUGACUCUUCACCAGAUCAACCAAGACGGUGGAGGACCUUAUGCUUGCGAUAUCUCGACCGAUGCUUCGGGCACCAACUUCCAGCCCAUGACCAUCGUCACGCAAGUUCCCGGUAUUCGUGGUUUCAGCGCUGCUACUGCUCAAGAUUUCCCCUUGAGGCCCCUGCUGGCACUACUUGCACUGGUGGUCCGAACGGUGACGCAUGCCUUGUCCGAUGCCGCAACAAUACCCCCGCCGGACCAUUCGGAUCCUGCGCAACUGUCCCUUAUAGUCACCAACCCAGAGAGUGGAGCUGUAGCUGCCAACGCUGUCCCUCAGACCCCAGCCAACAACGGUGGUGGAGGAGGAUUCAGGGGCUUGUUCGGUGCCUUUGGUAACAAGAAGCGAUCUGUGGACCAGGACAACAAGAAGAGAGCAUUACCCCGAAAGGACGUUUUUCGUAGUGAUUUUGACUAUACCUCUCAGUCUUAUGAUCGUAUUCAUCUGGGAAAAUGGUAUAGGUUUGCGUCAAGGACCCGAGCACUAGGCUACAAUUCUCUUGGCCAAAAAGUUAUCCCAUUCAGCUUCUCCCCACGAGCUCGAGACUUCGGAUUGGAUCAAUCCAUCCCAUAG